UUCAUUGUAUCUCUACUCUGAUGUUUGGUUUCUCCGACAGACUUGGAAUUGGGAAAUCACAGUGAUGAUCAAGACUUUGUCUGUGGCUUCUGCUCGCAUCUUUUUCUUCUCCAAAUCCUCUCCAGCCUUUGUUAUUCGUUGCUAUAAGCUCUCUUUAUCGCAUCGCCGGGAGUUCACUACUGCGAUGGCUAGUGGAAGCGACGAGUUCGUGAAAGGAAACGUUUAUCCAAAUGGCGUUGCUUUAAUCACUCUUGAUCGACCUAAAGCUCUCAACGCCAUGAAUCUAGAAAUGGAUUUAAAGUACAAGAGUUUGCUUGAUGAGUGGGAAUCUGAUCCUAGAGUCAAAUGUGUUAUCGUCCAAGGCAGCACACCUAGGGCCUUUUGUGCAGGUGGUGAUGUGAAGCAGAUUACAACUAAGAAUCAAUUGUCAGAUAUGAUAGAGGUAUUUACAGCUGAGUAUUCACUGAUAUGCAAGAUUGCUGGAUACAAAAAACCAUAUGUUUCUUUAAUGGAUGGCAUAACAAUGGGCUUUGGCCUUGGUCUUUCUGGACAUGGGCGCUACCGAGUGAUUACAGAGAGGACGGUCCUUGCAAUGCCAGAAAAUGGAAUCGGUUUGUUUCCAGAUGUUGGUUUUUCAUAUAUAGCAGCUCAUAGCCCUGGCGGAGGAUCUGUUGGUGCUUACCUUGGUAUGACUGGGAGAAGGGUUUCCACACCUUCAGAUGCACUGUUUGUGGGUCUUGGCACACAUUAUGUACCAUCUGGAAAGCUAGGUUCACUUAAAGAAGCCAUUUUGUCGGCUGACCUUUCCAAGGAUCCCCAUCAAGACAUCCAAUCAACUUUAUCAGAUUACAGCAGUGAUCCUGAAUCUGAAUCCCACCUCAAAAUGCUUUUGCCUCAGAUAGAAUCAGCUUUUAGUGCAAGUAAGUCUGUUAAGGAAACAAUCCAAGAGCUGAAGAACUACCAGCAGAGCACUGAAGCAUCAGUUGCAGAGUGGGCUAAUGAAGCACUCGAAGGCCUUGUAAAAGGGGCACCGUUUUCUCUUCACCUAACGCAUAAGUACUUCUCGAAAGUUGUUUGUGCCAAGGGAAAGACUGACAACGGGAUGUCAACGCUUAAUGGUGUGAUGAAAACUGAGUACCGUAUUGCUUUAAGAUCUGCUUUGCGCGGUGAUUUCACUGAAGGUGUUAGAGCAGUCUUGAUUGACAAAGACCAGAAUCCGAAAUGGAAACCAGCAAGCUUAGACGAGGUAGAUGAAACAGAAGUGGAUUCUCUCUUUAAGCCAUUAAGUCCUGAACUUGAAGAGCUAAACGUAUGACGAAGCGACUUACCAAACCACGGAAUAAAUUUGCUUAGCUAAUGGAUUGUUGGAUCAUAGUGCUGCAGAACUUGUCCCAUCUAUUUAUCAUUUUUUCAAGUCGACGAAUUGAUGAACUUACAACAGAAAUCAUUAUUUUCUAAUAAAGUCGUCUCUCUUUAGUCUUUACAGCAUAGAGUAGAGUGCUACAAUCAAUUCAUACAUUUACAUGAUCCUAGCUACAUUUCCUAAGGGAUAUUUUUUCUCUAGAGUUCAUUACUCAUAAUUCAAUAGGAAAUGAU